AUGGGGCUCAAACGAGGGCUAAAUACAGCCCACCUGGAGCACAAUCAUCUAACGAGUCCUUCGAAAUCUAGGCUGUACCGAUACAAUCAAGAAUUGAUUGCAAAUGUCAAACGAAAGCUUGAAGUGAAUGAUAUGGCAGGAAUUCCAUUACACAAGAGUUACAACUCUGCAGUGGUGGAAGCAGGUAGUUAUGAGACUAUGGCUUUCAUCGAGAAAGAUUUUCGAAAUUAUAUUGAACAAAUGCGACAGUUAAGACUAGGAGAAGGAGAUGCUGCCGCAAUACAGGCCUAUUUUUCGAAUAAGCAAGCACAGUGCUUGGGAUUUUACUUCAUUAUAGAUUUAGAUGAGGAGUCCCAACUGAAGAAUGUAUUUUGGGCAGCAACAGGUAUAGGCAAGCAUACAAAGAGUUUGUAUGACAUGUCGUUCACCCCAUUUGUUGGCGUCAAUCUCGGUUGUGGCUUGAUAGCUAAUGAGGACACGACUACAUUCGUAUGGCUAUUUCAAACAUGGCUGCAAUGCAUGCACGGUCAAGCACCGCAUGAAAUAAUUGCUGAUCAAGACAGGGCAAUACAGAAUGCAAUUCAGAUUACCGUUGAAGAUUUCGAAGAAGGAUGGAAGGCGAUGAUUGAUACAUACAAGUUGUAUGACAAUGAUUGGUUGUCGGGAUUGUUUGAAAACAGAGGCUAUUGGAUUCCUUGCUUCUUGAAAGUCACAUUCUGGGCUGGAAUGUCCACAACGCAAAGAAGUGAGAGUGUGAAUGCAUUCUUUGACGGAGUACUGCGGACCAAGGUCGAGAAAGAGUUCCAGGCUGAUUUUAAGUCAUACGCGCAAAUGAGGGAUGUUCGAGGACGAUUUAUAAGGUUUGGGAAGAUGUCCUACUAUAUGGAGAGCAUAGGACGAAAAAAUCUUUUUCGUCUCAUUUACGAGGGAGACGUGGAUGUUAGUAGAGCGCACACGAGGGUGGCAGUGCACUACGUUGGGUUGGCCAGUACUCCUGUACAAUUGAGGUAUGACGAUAUAUGUCGGGCAUUUUUCGAGGUGGCUGACCUUGAUGUUGACGAUGAAGCCCGGAGUUCUACAGUAAUGGAUUGUAUAAAGGUUCAGGCGAAGGAGCUGAAGUCGAGUUGUUGUACUCAUUCCAAUCAUGUACUAUCUCACGGAUCGGAUUCUCUAAAUCAUUUUGGCAUCAAUGUACUAAAUUCCCUAUCAUCAAAGCGAAAGGGUGCGCCAAGGAAAGUUUGA